AUGGCACCAAGAGUCAUUGUUGUUGGCGGUGGAUUGUCCGGCUUGAGUGCUGCGCAUACAAUCUACCUCGCUGGCGGUAACGUGGUUGUUCUUGAUAAGCAAGGUUUCUUUGGCGGAAACUCUACCAAGGCGACAUCCGGAAUCAACGGUGCCCUCACACGGACGCAGGUUGAUGGAGAGAUCAGAGACAGUGUGAAGCAGUUUUACGAUGAUACCCUCAAGUCGGCCAGAGACAAGGCCAGACCAGAUUUGAUCAAGGUCUUGACAUAUAAAUCCGCAGCUGCCGUCGAGUGGUUACAGGACGUUUUCGGCUUGGACUUGACUCUUGUUUCCCGGUUAGGAGGUCACUCCCAACCAAGAACCCACCGAGGUCACGAUGCCAAGUUCCCUGGUAUGGCCAUCACAUAUGCUUUGAUGCAGAGGCUCGAGGAGCUUGCAGAGAACGAACCAGAGCGUGUACAAAUUAUUAAGAAGGCCAGAGUAACAGGCAUCAACAAGGAGGGAAACAAGGUCACUGGUGUUACAUACGAGUUCGGUGGAGAGCCAACCACGGUUGAGGGUCCAGUCAUCCUUGCGACUGGUGGCUAUGCUGCAGAUUUCACAGAGACAUCUUUGUUGAAGAAGCACAGACCAGAUACUUUCCACCUUUCAUCUACCAACGGAGUGCACGCUACUGGAGAUGGACAGAAGAUGGUCAUGGCUAUUGGUGGUAAUGGCAUUGAUAUGGACAAGGUGCAGGUUCACCCAACAGGUCUCGUCGAUCCAAAGGAUCCUGGAUCCAAGUGGAAGUUCUUGGCUGCUGAGGCCCUCCGAGGUGAGGGUGGUCUAUUAUUGAACGGGGAUGGCGAUCGAUUCUGUGAUGAGCUUGGUCACAGAGAUUACGUUUCCGGCGAGAUGUGGAAGGAGAAGGAGAAGGGAAAAUUCCCAGUCAGACUUCUCUUGAACUCAAAAGCUUCAAAGGUCCUCGAUUUCCACACCAGACAUUACUCUGGGCGUGGUUUGAUGAAGAAGAUGACUGGAAAGGAGCUCGCAAAGGAGAUUGGCUGCACACCGGCGCACUUACAAGAGACCUUCCAAGCAUACAACGAAAUUGCGGAUGGAAAGAAGAAGGAUCCAUAUGGAAAGAAGUUCUUCCACAAUGGACCUGUUGAUAUCGAUGAUGACUUCCACGUCGCUGUCAUGGAGCCAGUUCUUCACUUUACCAUGGGUGGUAUUGAGAUCAACGACAAGGCAGAGAUUCUCAACUCAGAGGGCAAGCCAUUCGAGGGUCUGUACGCCUGUGGUGAGCUCGCUGGUGGUGUUCACGGUGCCAAUCGUCUUGGUGGUUCAUCUCUUCUUGGCUGUGUUGUUUACGGUCGUGUUGCUGGUGACACUGCAAGCAACUACCUCUUCCAGAAGGCACUCCAGGGUGGUGUCGGUGCUGCAUCUCGUCUCGGCCAAAUCUCACUUCACAUCGAUCCAUCCCAGCCAGGCAAGAUCUCAGUGGAAUGGGAUAGUCAAGGCUCAGCCCAGUCCGGAACUGGCGAUAAGAUUGCUCAACAAUCACAAAAGUCCGCUGGUCCAGUAAUGGGUGGUGACUCCCAGGACCCAGGAAAGGCCAGCAAGCCAAACAAGCCUUCCAAGUUCACCGUCCCAGAUAAGGAGUUCACCAUGGAAGAGGUUGCUAAGCACAACACCAAGGAAGAUCUGUGGGUGGUCGUCAAGGGUGUCGUCAUGGAUGUCAGCGACUGGCUAGACGAGCACCCAGGUGGACCACAGGCCAUCAUGAACUUCAUGGGUAGAGAUGCCACCGAGGAGUUUGAGAUGUUGCAUGAUGAUGAGGUUAUCCCGAAAUACGCUGCGUCUCAGGUGAUAGGGAGAGUGAAGGGCCAGGAGGUCACUUUGGAGAUUUGA